AUGGCGUUGCACGCCGACGACGGAGAAGGCUCCGUUUUCUUGGAGAAGCCGCUCCUGCAGCAACGCGCCAUGCCGUCGCGAAACGGUUCGAAAUCGAACAAUAUCGACUCCUGGCCAGGAUCGUACGAGCAGUUUAUCUCAACUUGGGCAUUAUGGGGCGUUCGUAAACCGCGUAAAUCCGGCAACGAGAUGAAUUACAAAGGCAGCGGGAAGGUCCACUUCGGGGUGGACGACGUGUCCCUCUAUGGGACGCCGAAGGAGGAACCGGGCCCGGGCCUCCCGGGCCAGGAGGUCAAGCAGAGCUUCCUGAAGAAUCAGCUUCAGGCCCUGUUCCAGCCGACGGACAACAAGUUGGCCAUGAAGCUCUUCGGCAGCAAGAAGGCGCUUAUGAAGGAACGGAUCAGACAAAAAGCCGCAGGUCACUGGGUCAUCCAUCCUUGCUCCAGUUUUCGAUUCUAUUGGGACCUCUGCAUGCUCCUCCUACUGGUAGCUAAUCUGAUAAUUCUGCCAGUCGCCAUUAGUUUUUUCAAUGACGACCUAAGCACUAGAUGGAUAGCCUUCAACUGCCUUUCCGACACGAUAUUCCUUAUAGACAUCGUCGUCAACUUCAGGACGGGUAUAAUGCAGCAGGAUAAUGCCGAACAGGUGAUACUGGAUCCGAAGUUAAUCGCGAAACACUACCUCAGGACUUGGUUCUUUCUCGACCUCAUCUCCUCCAUACCAUUAGACUACAUUUUUCUCAUAUUUAAUCAAUUUCAGGACUUCAGCGAGUCCUUCCAGAUCCUGCAUGCUGGACGUGCUCUCAGGAUUCUCAGGCUUGCAAAACUAUUGUCACUCGUUAGGUUACUACGUUUGUCAAGACUGGUGCGGUAUGUCUCGCAAUGGGAAGAGGUCUAUAUAUUGCAGAACCUACAAAAAAAACGCACUGAGCGGAGGGGGCGCCUAAGUUCUGACAAUAUGACUAAAAAGAAGUCCGGUUUCAGCAAAAGCGAACUUAUUUUUAAGUUCCUGAACAUGGCGUCGGUGUUCAUGCGGAUUUUUAACCUGAUCUGUAUGAUGCUCCUAAUCGGUCACUGGAGUGGCUGCCUGCAAUUCCUGGUCCCUAUGCUUCAAGGAUUUCCCAGUAAUUCAUGGGUGGCCAUCAACGAGUUACAAGACUCGUUUUGGCUGGAACAAUACUCGUGGGCCCUCUUCAAAGCCAUGUCGCACAUGCUGUGUAUCGGGUACGGUAGGUUUCCGCCACAGUCCUUGACCGACAUGUGGCUCACUAUGCUCAGCAUGAUCAGCGGUGCGACGUGUUACGCUCUUUUCCUCGGACACGCGACGAAUCUCAUUCAAUCUCUCGAUUCCUCGAGAAGACAAUACCGCGAGAAGGUGAAACAAGUAGAGGAAUACAUGGCCUAUCGAAAACUACCGAGAGAAAUGAGACAGAGGAUCACGGAGUACUUCGAACAUCGGUACCAAGGAAAGUUCUUCGACGAGGAGCUGAUCCUUGGAGAGCUUUCGGAAAAAUUGAGAGAAGAUGUGAUAAACUACAACUGCAGAUCGCUGGUGGCGUCCGUGCCCUUCUUCGCCAACGCCGAUUCGAAUUUCGUCUCGGACGUCGUGACGAAACUCAGAUACGAAGUCUUCCAGCCAGGCGAUAUCAUCAUCAAGGAGGGUACAAUCGGCUCGAAAAUGUACUUCAUCCAAGAGGGCAUAGUCGAUAUCGUGAUGGCGAACGGCGAAGUCGCGACCUCGUUAUCGGACGGGUCUUACUUCGGCGAAAUCUGUCUGUUGACGAACGCGAGGAGGGUGGCGUCGGUCCGAGCGGAGACCUACUGCAACCUCUUCAGCCUCUCGGUGGACCAUUUCAACGCCGUACUGGACCAGUAUCCCCUGAUGCGCAGAACGAUGGAGAGCGUUGCCGCCGAGAGGCUAAACAAAAUCGGGAAGAAUCCCAACCUGGUGGCUCAUCGCGAGGAGGAUCUUGGCAGCGAAUCAAAAACGAUAAACGCCGUAGUAAAUGCACUCGCGGAGCAGGCCGCGCAUGCCAGCGCCAGCGAGGAAUCAGUACAUAGUAUGGAGCUCAGAACGCUGCCGGGUUGCCUCUUGCCCAGACCAAAGUCUGAGAAUAAUUUCGCGAGCCAGGAACUUACGAGGGAAGGACGGAGAAUGUUUCACAAGAGCGACACUUUCCACAAGGAUUCGUAUCAAUGACGACACUCGUUUUACUAGCAUAUGCAGAGAUACUAACGGCUCCAUGUUGGAAGAACAAUGGAACUUGUCUCAUCGAUAGGACAAACACUUGGUGGUUUUGUGCCCGGUGCUAGGGCGAUCCUAUAGCAGCGGUCUAUACAUAGAUAUCGGCCAUGCCAGUAGUCCUUUAGCAAUCGAUUUAUAGCGCCUUCUUAUAUUAAUCUGACGGCAUUUUCGUCCAGGACCGCAAAACCGCCGCGACCGAGUCCUAUGCUCCAACUGCGAUACAGAUCCGCGAAGAAAUAAACUGUUGCAAUAAAUAAAUAAAUAUAUAUAUAUAUUAUACUGUUAUAUAUAAAAUUUCCAUGAAACAUAUACCACAAAAUAAUUCCGUGAUGGAAGGAAAAAAGGUUUGAAGAAUAAAGGAAAAAAAAAACUUUUACAUUUUAGGCCCCUUUAUCUUUCAAACUUGGUUCGACUUCUUUUAUUUAGAAAAUUAUAACAAAGCACUCCAUACAAUCGCGAAAUUUUAAUCUUUCACGAGCACAAGGUGAAGAAAAAAAAAGAAACAUCUGUAUCUCGGUUGGAGAACAUGGAGCCACGUUUCACGCCGUGUCUCUUCAUUGAGAACAAUCGCCGCGUCGCAUCAGAUGCAAUAUUAAAAGACGGAUGGACGUAGCGAAGAAUGAAGAUCUCAAAGACGACGAAGAGCAGGCCUAGAAGUUUAUAGAGAGUAUGUAGCCCACACAACGUGGGGAAAAAAAAUUAGGUAUAAUCCUAAGUAACAGUGUAACGAUGCGUAAUUCUCUGUGAUUUUGCAAGUUGACGUUUCGCACCUUAGGAAAGAAGAAAAAAAACCAGUAUAAUCUACGUGAAGAAUUAGAAUGCUCUUUUUUUAAGGCAACAACUAACAUAUAGAAGAAUCGUAAACGUCGUAAGACCAGAGUAUUCCGAUUCAGUUGACGCGAUUUAUCCUUAGCUUCGUACUGCAUUAGAGCCGCGUAAAUAAGUGAAACGAAUUAAUAAAUGCGUAAUACUCUGUGCGGGGGAAGAAGUAUUAUAAUGGGAGAAGAAAGGAGAAAAGGUUCACGUAGGAUGAUGGGUUAAAAAUGUCUUGUCGGUGAAGGCUCUUUUUCUGAUUUCAGACGCGAAAUAAGUUUGCAUUUCCGUAAAACCUCGCUUGUUUGGUAGAGUCCCUCAUUUUGCUACGUUUUAGUUCACCUCGAGGGUAUUAUAACGACACUAAAGCCGAGUGAUGAUCACAUGUUGCGACUCAAUGUCGGAUACAUUCGAUAGACCGUCCUGGUACAGAAAAUAUGAUCGGUAUAAAGAGGGAAAUUACGGUCGCGCGUUUGAGAAUCCGCGGACGAAUCCAGAAAAAGAGAGAGAGAGAAAGCUUGAGAUACGAUUAUACGGAUUAAUCGGUUCUACAAAUGCUUACCGAGGGCCCGGAGGCUGUGUUUAAUUGUUGAGAGUCCUUCGGGCCGCUGUGGUUACAUGUCAAUGAAUGAAUAUUAAACGUAACGCGAGCAAAGUAUCUUUUUAUGAGAUGAAAAAAAAAACAAGAAAAAACGCGAUGUACUAUAAAAGAAGCUAUAAAUACUAUGUAAUAAAUUAUUAUUAUUGUUACAAUUAUUACUUGCAAUGAUUACUACACCACUACCGCAUAAUUAGGCGACUAAAUAAAUUACCAAAAAAAGAGAGAAAGAGAGAGAGAGAGAAAGAGAUACAGAUAUACACAUAUAUGAAGUAUUAUGCAUAGUGGUUAAAUAUCGUGUUGCAAGAUAACCCUAAUGUUCAGCUCUACGUGCGAAAUGGUUUGACACCGACUAAACCGAUACUUACAAGCAGUUUAUACACAUCAUAAUUCCCCCGGAGCUUGAAUCUAUUGUAUUCCGUUUUAAAACAAACAUUUUAUAAAUAUCAAUAUCUCUUCGAGGCCAACUGAACCAUACCGAUCGAUCUCGCUUUGCGUAUUUUAUAGACGCUAACCGGAAUCAAACAGAAUAUUUCAUUUCAAAUACCUCGUAGCAGAAGAGGAUUCGGCGUAAAGAACUACUUUUUGAAAGAUAAUUAUAGUACUGUUUAGUUCACGACUGUAAUAAAUCCUAACGUGCUCCUUAGUUCUUAAUCCCGAAGAGCACAAGUACAUUUCUAGCAUCACCUCACAACAUAAUAUUCCUGAAUUUCUAUAAGAUAACAUAGCAAAUAUAUAUAUUUUUUUAUCAAAGUCAUUAAAAAGAAAAGAUUAUUUUCCUUCGGCAAUUUACAUAUAAAAUUUAUAAAGUUAUUAAUACAUUUCUUUUUAAGUAGAGUACAUUAAAUCGCUCGUUGUGCUCUUUGGGAUUGAAGAAACGUCCUUUCGACAUUAGUAAGCACGCGAUCGAAGCGCAGGCAUUCGCUUUUAUUUUCUCUCAUAUUCGAGAUUGCGGUGCUCCCUUCCGUGUGAAAAGCAAAUCGGUCAUCCACACUAUUAAAAAUAACGCCCGAAUGUUAUUUUUACUUGUACGAUGACGAGACUCCAUUUAGCGGGCGCAUGAAAGGAGUGAGCCGAUCGUUUUUUCUAGUUGACGCGUAUACACAUCGCGAAAUACACGUGUACAUAUAUCUUCACCGUAAGAGGUUUAGAAAUGCGCGUUUCAUACAUAUGUAAACUUACACACGCGUGCGAGAGGGAGAGAGAGAACGAGAGAGAGAAAAUGAAAAAGAAAAAAAGUACCUAUUUUUCAUGUAAGAGAGACAUAGUUUUUUGUCAUUAUUUACACAUCUUCAACAUACACGUCUCAUCCUCAAUAUAUAUAAAUAUAUAUAAAUAUAUAUAAAUAUAAAUACUGUAAUAGCCAUGAGAGAGUGUGAGAAGAGAGAGAGAGAGAGAAAGAGAAUGCGUACGAGAGGUCAAAACAUUCCAAUGGUAGAGUAGUCGUAGACCGCAUGAUCGACGUUUUUAUAGUUUAAUCUGUACGAACGGUCUAGGAUUAAUCUGCCGGUUCGGGCCUAAGAGGUACGCAUUAAUAUAUAAAUAUUAUAAAUAAAUAUAUAUAUAAAACAUUGUUACUGUGCUCCGAGACGAGUGCGAGGGAAAGAACGAAGUGAUUGUAUACAAAACAAAAACAGAGGAAGAAGCUGUACUCUUACUACCACUGCUAACUGAUAGACACUAUUUAGCCACUGUCUACUUAUGUCGAUAAAACGAUAAAAAAAGAGAAAGAAAACUGCGGCAAGGAGGUGCUGUGUUAGUACUCUACUCGCAUACACAUAUACAAGAUUAUUACGUGUACAUAAUACCGUAAUAUGUACGUAAGGGAGAUACGCAUCUCUAGUGCACUACAAAAAGAAAGAAGACGAGAGAGGGGGGGGGGAGAAUAACUCUUUAGGAUUAAACAGAGAGAUCGUGUGACUAUUUGAGGCGUGUGAACCUUACUCCGUAAACACAGACAAGAGUGAGACACUUAUUAAAUAAAAACAAAAAAAAAAGA